CUGCUGCUGUUGGUGUUGGUGUUGCUGUUGCUGAGUUUCUAAUCUUUCCAAUCUUUCGGUUGGAAUAAAUACAAUGUGUGAGUUGGUGUAGUCACCGGCUUGUAGACCCGCUACACAGAUAAGCCAUUGCUGGUGAGUGUUAUCAUGCGAAUAGACGAAUCCCUCUUCAAGAAGGCAGGUUGCCUUGACAAUGGUGCCACCCAGCUUCUCUCUUGCCCGCGGUGCGGUCCUUACUAAAUGUUUCGCUGCAAGAUAAAGCUCCGUCCGCUUGCCCGGCACGAUGCAGUUACUAACCAACAGCACCACGCAUCAUCUGACUCCAUCGCACCCAGUCCUCCGAAUUUACAACACCCCAUCCAAGUUGAACUCAACACAUCGCAUAUCACGGAAUUUGACUCAGACUUUCCUCGCUUCCCUCUUGCCAAGUGCCAUGCAUCUCCGUCGGGACCCAGCGCACAACACAGCUCCCGGUGCCGGAAUCAAGUCUUUUCGUCAGAGGCUGCCUAUCCCAUACCCCCACCAACAAUACUCGUGGUCUGGCUUAGGCGUCCAUCAUGGCACUGCAUUUAUCGACGUACGUCGGAGAUGCAUGAGGACUUUCUCUGUAGAAGACCCUGCCACAGAGGAAUGAGUGCCACCCGACCAAGGACGGCUUCGUUGGCCAUGUGUCGAGGCUUUGAAUGGAAAGGGCAGCUUUCAGUCAGCUGGGAGGAGAGACUGAUAUCCUGCGAGGUUCCUGGAGUUCGUCGUUCCCAGGGGAGGGAGUGGAGGUGUACUUGGACGAGAGGGAGAAUGUUACUUGCAAAGAACUUGUGUCUCCCCCGGUCUGCAGCAGGUCUCGAUUCAGGUUGCGGUAAGGUAGGACGGCAUCUCGACACCAAUGGAAGAGCUUCCAUUCCAAGGAGUGCGAUCUGACACAAGGAGAUGAUUCUGCCAAGGCAACAACGUUAAGCUCAAUCGCUAAGAACAGUUUACCUUUCCCCCUCCGGACCGUCAGAUGUCUGAUCUGCGGUAGGAGCAAGCAGAAGGCUGGGCUCAGGUUAGAAGCCACCUCAGCCCUUACUCGGCACUGAUAAGUUGAAUGACGCUCUGUGCUGCUCGUCCGUUGAUUCAUUUCCCACUGACGGUCAGUAGUUCGCGUCUAAUCAGGCAGGGUGGUGAUCGAGCCCUGCUAGGAGUGUGAUAAUCCCUGCCACUGCGCUUCC